AAGGGAUUGGACAAACAUUUGCAGCUUCACAGUGUAGUUAGAAUACCAAUAACCUGAGAGUUUUGCAGCUUAAAGAGGAAGUUAAUUCAGCUCAGUGACAGUGAAUGGGUCGACUUGUCUGAUCUGUCUGGAGCUCAAAGGAUCUAUUUUUAGAUGAUCGGGGGGAGACAGAGAGGAAAAACAAGAGAAGCUCCAGACGGUUGUGUUGCUGCAAAUAAUCAACGUUGUUUUUGAGGAGCGCAAACUGGAAACACUGCUUCGCAUUUAAUGAAACUGCAGCUGAACUGAACGACCACCAGCCAGCUGGAGGAGAAGAGCUGCUGUCCUCACUGAGAGCUCACCAAGGCAGAAAAGACUGGAGUGGAUGAAGCAGUGAGGAGGGAGCAGCUCCUCUAAGAGCAUUAACUGAGGAGAGUUCUGCUGCUGACAGGCCUGUCAGGGUCAGAUGGCUGCUCAGCCUGAUUAGAGCAGCUCACAGCAGAUCUCAGCCGUGCACACUGCUGCAGCCACACAGAGCUGCAAUCCUGCACAUGCAGCACGUCGCAGCAGUUCAGGGAGGACGGUUCAGAGUUAGAGCAGUGCUACAGGUGGCUACACACACUCUUUGGUUUCCAGAUUGAUAGCAGAAAAGCACUGACGCAGGUUUAUUUCACUGCAGAAGAUCUGUUGUUUAGUUUGGAGAUGGAGCUGAAGAACUAAGAGAACUGCUGGUUGAUGGAGUUUGUGCGACGGACUGGUGACUACUGCCACGCCCAACACCUGUAGACUCACCUGGGAUGAUGCUGGACCUCACAGUCCUCCGGCCGUGAACCAGGAAGCAGCAGCGGCCUUCUGAACCUGCCGGCCGAUGGGGUAACAGGUGGAGCCUCGACCUGGAAGAUACCUGGAGAGAGAAGAAGGACAGAGCUGCUGAGGAUCAGAGAGAAUCACAAACUAGAACAGAGGAACACCGACACUGUCCUGAACUGUAGGAGACAGUCAGCUGAUGGGAUAAAAACCAACACAACAAGGCUGGAAAAGACCUUAAACGGUUAUAAACUGAAGGGAAGCUCAGACUUACCUGCAGAUCAGCUAUAAGCUGAAGACAAACAGAGAGCUGCAGCUGGAGCUAAAGGUCGGAGGUCCGUCUGGGAUGUCACAGGUGACACUGGCCAACAUGAACCGCCCGGCUCCAGUAGAACUUUGCCACAAGAACAUGAGGUUCCUGAUCACACACAACCCCACAGACAGCACGCUGAGCUCAUUCAUAGAGGACUUGAAGCGUUAUGGAGCCACGACCGUGGUCCGAGUCUGUGACGUCACUUAUGACAAAACACCACUGGAGAAAGACGGAAUCACCGUGGUGGAUUGGCCCUUUGAUGAUGGCGCUCCACCUCCCAGUAAACUGGUUGAUGAUUGGCUGAGUCUGCUGAAGAAGAAGUUUAAAGAGGAUCCAGGAAGCUGUGUAGCUGUUCACUGUGUGGCUGGACUGGGAAGAGCUCCAGUGCUGGUCGCUUUGGCUCUGAUAGAGAGUGGGAUGAAGUAUGAAGAUGCGAUUCAACUCAUCAGACAGAAGCGUCGUGGAGCGAUCAACAGCAAACAGCUGACUUACCUGGAGAAAUAUCGGUCGAAGCAUCGUCUCCGGUUCAAAGACGGCCAAACACAAAAGAACAAGUGCUGCACUAUGUGAACACACAUCAAACACACACAAACACACACAUUCAGACGAAUCUCAGGAAUUAAAACAAGCCUUAUGCCACAAAGACUAAAACAGAGAAACUUCAUCAGCCCUCCUAAAUCCUGCACAUUUUAUUUUUACACAAGUUUCUUCUUUGUUUCCUUGUUUGUAAUGAUUUCUUUUCUUUUAUUCAUUAUUUUAACGGGAUGUUUAAUUUUUUGGGGCUACAAAGAUGGAAAUAAUGUGUUGUAGCCGACUGUUUUUGCUUUAUUAGACGUAAAGAAUGUUUGAUUUAUAUUUUCAGCUCCUCAAACCUGAUGUGACCUCAGUGUGUUUAAACAGGGUACAAAAUACUCCAUUAUUUCCCUUAACAUUAUUUUAUUUCAUGAAAAAACCUCAGAGACUCUUUUUAAAUUAUUUCAGGAGGCCGAAAUUUUUCAUACUGAAACAUGAGAAUUAAAUCAUCGCAGCAGCUCAGUUUUUCUUCAGUAUUUCAGGUUGAAGAUGUAUUUUCUGUUGUUUCUGUUGGUUUCUGGUCUCUGUGUAACUGCAGAUAAAAAGGCUCAUCAUUACUAUUAAAACCAGCUUCACAGAGCAUCGUGGUGAAGCCUUCGUUUGGUUUCAUCUCAGUCAGUGAUUGAAUAUAAGAUGUUUACAUACAGUAUGUGUGUGUGCUUUAUAUUGUACUCUUUACUGACACCUACGCAAGUUAAUGCGUUUAUUAUCUGACUUCUAGACAGGCUGUCAUUGUAUGUAUUAUAAAAAAGGAAAUGAUAAAUACACCUUACACUCAAUAUAUUGUGGAUGAGGGAUGUAAACUAUAUGUAAAUAAGAAAAUUCACUUAUUGUAGAUAGAGAUAUUAUUUUCCAGUGUCAGGGAGGAUCAGAUGAUAACAAAGACUGUAUUUUAAUCUGAAGCCAACUUUGGGCUGAAAGAUGAAGAAAUUGAGGUUUUGGCCUCAUAUUGCUGUUCAUCAUCAUAUUAUUUAGUCGAGGUUACAGUUUUAACACAUUUUGAGGUCUAGUUUACUUCAUUUGUGUGUGUUUUUUCUGUAUUAAUCAUGUUUCUGCUUUUUUUAGCCUCAUUUAUCUACUAAAAACAUAUUCAUCUGUAUUAAACAGGCAGUAUUAAGGAGAGGAGCAAACACCUUCACCUGAAAGCAUUUUUAUCAAGUGGAUGGCAGUUUAUGAGUUGUUGAUAUGGUGUGUGUGUGUGUGUGUGUGUGUGUGUGCAUGUGUUUGUUUGAGUGUGCGCUUAAUGUAAAAACACGCUGUAAAUGUCUAUGUCUGUACAUUUUUGCAUUGUUUAAUAAAGGUUUUGUCUUUG